AUGCCAGCAAUUACAGAGGAUUACGAAGUUCUUCUCAGGUUCUCCAACGAUACACACGACUGUGCUACGGUACAGCUAUCGAGGGAUUACGGCAGAAAUACCGGCGCAAUCGUGUUGUUUCAUCCGGGAGAAGUUGUCACACUGAUACUCGAGGCGGGCUCCACGUACAGAUACGUUUUGAAAACGCGGUCAAAAGUUGCAAGCGUGUCAGCACGAACGUGGAGAGAUGUUCAGUGCGCAGUAUCGCAGCUGUUUGCAAGCGCAGGUUCGCAGUCACAAGCAGGCUCGAUGACCGCCGUGAGUGGGGUCACUGUUGAUCGUAUAUGGCGGGACUAUCGGUUCAGUAUGUGGGAUGACCCGUAGUGUUUAGCGAAGGCUCCGCGUUCAGGGAUCCUUCAUAUGAUCUCUGUUGCGUUAAAGAGGAUACUCCACGAGAGAGAGCCGAAGGUCGUGAUUCCUCACUCACUGAUGAACUAGUGGACUGUAACGAUAAUCAGAAUUACGCGUACCUUGUAACAUUAUUCAUGACAUCUUGGGCUACCAUACCACACGCCAAAUACUCUCGAUGCUU